AUGAGAUUUGAAGGAACUGGAGUUAGACACAGAAUCAGAUUAAAAGAAAUUGGAGGUAGACAGAACACCAGCUUCGAAGAAACUGGAGGUAAACACAAUAUGAGAUUUGAAGGAACUGGAGUUAGACACAGAAUCAGAUUAAAAGAAAUUGGAGGUAAACAGAACACCAGCUUCGAAGAAACUGGAGGUAGACAGAACAUGAGAUUUGAAGGAACUGGAAUUAGACACAGAAUCAGAUUAAAAGAAAUUGGAGGUAAACAGAACACCAGCUUCGAAGAAACUGGAGGUAGACGCAAGAUGAGAUUUGAAGGAACUGGAGUUAGACACAGAAUCAGCUUAAAAGAAACUGGAGGUAGACACAACAUGAGAUUUGAAAGAACUGGAGUUAGACACAGAAUCAGAUUAAAAUAA